AUGAAGCUAAUCAUUCAAUUUACAUUCUUCACACCCAUCACCCUCGCCCGCCUCUCCCCCAUCACCCUCGCCCGCCUCUCCCCCAUCACCCUCGCCCGCCUCUCCCCCAUCACCCUCGCCCGCCUCUCCCCCAUCACCCUCGCCCGCCUCUCCCCCAUCACCCUCGCCCGCCUCUCCCCCAUCACCCUCUCCCGCCUCUCCCCCACCCUCUCCCGCCUCUCCCCCAUCACCCUCUCCCGCCUUUGCGAGCUGCCUUCUCUCACCUCGCUCUCCUGCGUGGCGGCCGCUGAAACGUGUGACGCACAACAUCCUCUGCCACCCCUCACCCGCCUGCACCGCCUCCUCUUGGACUGUCCAGGCCCUAUCCACAUGGCUGUGCAGGGCUACUACCUGCCGUUUGACCCGUAUGGUCUGACCAAGGAGCCGUAUGAGAAGCUGAGGGUGCUGCACAUCAGCUGUGUGGACGACUCAGUGCUGCGCAAGGUGGGCGUGUUGAAGGCGCUUGAGGCCUUCUCCUGCACCAGUGUGUGGGAGGUGGUGGGUGCGAUGCACGGGCUGCAGCAUCUAGGCGUGCAUGGGGUGGCACGCAGUGAUCAGCACCUGCUAGCCCUCACAGCACUCACAUGCCUCACCACUCUCCGCAUCACUGGUACUAGCCUGAGGGAUAUCGGAUGCAUCAGGGGCUUUUCCCAGUUGAGGGACCUGGGGCUGGCUGGAUGCAGUGUGGAUGUGGCUUCACACGUGAGAGGGGGGAGCCACAGCAUGCCACAUCCCUGGACCUAUCAGCUACACGAGUCAGCUACAAUGUCCUUUCUCGGCUUUUCUUACUCAAGUGUUUGGAGCGCUUAA